AUGUUGAACGAAAGUCUUACAAACCCAUUGUUCGGAAAAGGCAAGUGCAACAUUGUCAGAGCUGUAAACAUUCUUUUCGAGAAAGGUUUGUUGGAACCAAUUCCAGAUGACAAGCUGACAGAAACUUUUGUACCAAAAGACGAAACAAACUUUUCACUGUUAGCAAGACCAAAAGUUGUUCCAGACAAAGUUCUAGUACAAAAGAAGUACACAAUUCCACAAGGAGUUGGAUUGUUCGGAUACCAACCUGAACCAGAAGAACUUCCAAUGAGGUUGCAAGAACUUCAAGAUGCUAUAAACAAACUUCCAUUGAGACAUCCAAUUGACGUCAAAUUGUAUUGGAGAGCAUCUGAGUUAGGUCAGAAGGUUUUAUAUGAAACAGGUUGCUUCGACGAUGUUUAUGAGAUAACAGGAGAAGUUUCUCAGAAGAUAAGAGACUCACUUGAAUUUCCACAAACUGGACCAAUUGGUUGCGACAAGUUCGACUCAAACGAAAAGAUAUACUAUGUCGACCUUAACGCUGCAUACAUGAGGUUUGUCCAAUAUAUUCCGACUGGAAUUCCAAACGAAGAUGGUGAGUUCCCGGGAAGGAACUAUACAGUUGGAAAAGUCAUACAACAACUGUAUGAUAUUAGGAAAGCUUCAAACCCCAAACUUGCAAUGACACUCAAAUUGCUUAUGAAUUCGACAUGGGGAUAUUCCAUUAAGAAACCUCAAGAGAUGAAGAGUAAACAUUAUGAGAAGGUCGACAACUUUGUUGAAAGGUUUUCUCCUUUUGUUUUGAAGUACGAAUUCACUCAAGGUCAAAGUGGCUUAGUAACCACAUUAAAACCUAUUGUCGAACAUUGGUCUUACCCUCAGUUCGCAAAAGCA